AUGACUUCUUGCUCAGAGAUCUAUGAGUCGGAGUAUUCUGAGCAAGCCCAGGUUGGCGGGAACUACCAACAGUAUGGAGUCCGCUCCUACCUACACCAGUUCUAUGAGGAGUGCACAGCCUCUAUCUGGGAACGUGAUGAAGAUUUUCAGAUUCAGAGAUCGCCUAGCCGGUGGAGCUCUUUACUCUGGAAGGUCUGUCUCGCGUUUGGCACCCUGAUUCUGUUUGCAGGUUUCAUCGUCCUCCUGGUAGGCUACACCACUCCAGCCAAGAUCGAGGCUUUUGGCGAGGAUGAUCUCCUCUUUGUUGACAGCCAUGCAGUCAGCUUCAACCGUGCCCUGGAUGUCUGCAAGCUGACAGGCGCCGUGCUCUUCUGUGUGGGAGGAACCUCCAUGGCCGCCGGACUCCUGCUGUCUGCUUUUGCCAAGAGCUACUCCAAAGAAGAGCUCUAUCUGCAGCAGAAGUUUAAGGAGAGGUUGGCAGAUGUGCAUGCAACAGUCGGAAAUCCUAUAACAAGAGCACCAACACCGGGAGAAGUAAAAGUGCCAGUCACUCUUUCCAAAGUGCAGAACAUCCAGCCAAUGACCUCAAAAUCAGGAACCUGA